AUGCACAAGGCAGUGCUGCCCUUUGCUUUGUUCGUCCUGAUCACCUUGUUUGCUCCGUCUUUAGCUAGUCACGCCUGCGAGAACCACACCUUCUCCAACAACAGGACUUACGCCAGAUGCGUCGACCUCCCGGUCCUGAACUCGUCCCUCCACUGGAACUACAACCGCUCCUCGUACACGCUCGACAUGGCGUUCCGGCAUGUCGGCACGACGCACUCGAGGUGGGUUGCCUGGGCGAUUAACCCCUCGGGCCAGCAAAUGAUCGGCUCACAGGCUCUCGUCGCCUAUCAGAGCAACAACAACGGCUCUAUGCGCGUGUACACGUCGCCGGUCGAUUCGUACGCCACCUCAUUGCAGGAGGGGAGAUUGAAGUACCGGGUUUCGAGGCUGUCGGCGACGUUCGAGAAGGAGAGCGAGAUGACGAUAUUCGCGGCGGUUCACCUGACCAGCGACAUGGGGACGAUCAACCAAGUAUGGCAAGAAGGUCCCCUCAAUGGGAAAGGCGACGGGCCGAGCAUGCAUGCAACGAGUGGAGAUCACAUCAAAUCAAUCGGAACUCUCAAUCUUGUCACUGGCGUAACAUCUUGA